AGCAAGAUCGCGGGCCGCUCCAGCCCACCCCUGCCCCUAUUUGCUCCACGGUCUAGCCCCUCACUCGGUGACAAGCCUGGGUCAACACCAAAAAAAGGGGGAGUGACUGCCGCAACAACCAUCCCACAUCCCCAUCCGCACCCGCAGAUCACCCCGAACAAGCGCAGCUUUUUGGUACCACAACCGCAACCUCACACACCACCCCAAGCAGGUCAGACCUUGUGCCUCCAACCAUGCCACCAACAAACCUCCUCCUCGGCAAAACGGCCAUCAUCACCGGCGGCACCACCGGCAUCGGCCGCGCCAUCGCGCUGGCCUUCCUCCGCCAGGGCUGCGACGUGGCAGUGAACCACCUAGACCUGGAAAAAGACCGGCCACACCUGGCCUCCCUCCUCAGCGAAGCGGCGGCCCUCCGCGAGUCCAACCCGACCGGCACGGGCCGGCUGGCCCACCUGCCAGGCGACGUGCGCGACCCGGCCACGGGCCCUGCGCUGGUGUCCUUCGCGCUGUCCACCUUCGGCGCGUCGCGGCUCGACAUCUGCGUCAGCAACGCGGGCAUCUGCACGUUCGCCGCCUUCCUCGACACGCCGGCCGACCUGUUCGCCAACACGGUCCGCACCAACCUCGACGGCGCCUUCUACGUCGUCCAGGCCGCCGCCCGCCAGAUGGCCCGCGGCCAGGACCCGCCCGGCGGCUCCAUCAUCGGUAUUUCGUCCAUCUCCGCCCUCGUCGGCGGCGGCGAGCAGGCCCACUACACCCCCACCAAGGCCGGGGUCACCAGCCUCAUGCAGAGCGCCGCCGUCGCGCUGGGGAGGUAUAAUAUCCGCUGCAAUGCGCUGCUGCCGGGGACGAUCAAGACGCAGUUGAAUGAGCAGGACCUGGCGGAUGAGCGCAAGAGGGCAUACAUGGAGGGGAGGAUACCGCUGGGCAGGACCGGCGUGCCGGAGGAUCUAGGCGGCCCGGCGGUGUUUUUGGCGUGUGAUGAGCUGAGCGGGUAUGUGACGGGGGCGCAGCUGCUGGUGGAUGGCGGGUUGUUUGUGAAUCUGCAGUGAGUGGGAGUGGAGAGAGCACAGAGUGCGACCAGGGCGUAAGGAUUUCUUUUCGAAGUGAAUUCGGUCACCCCGAUGUCUCUCACGUAGAUGCCUAGCCUGGCUAGGACUGCGUACCUCACAAUAUUUCGCUUGCUGUAACAAAGUUUUUUUUUUUUUUUUUUUUUUUUUGCUCUGUUUAACCGCUGUGCUCAGGGC